AUGAACACCCAAACAGACAUCGUUUACCUAGAUUUUGCAAAGGCAUUUGACACUGUUGACCACAAUAUUCUUCUCCACAAACUUAAACACUAUGGCGUAUCAGGACAGUUGUAUGCAUGGUUCGAAGACUAUCUGAGCGGUCGUUGUCAACGAGUUGUGGUAGAUGGAGUUGCGUCUUCCUGGGCACCUGUAACAUCUGGUGUGCCACAAGGAAGUAUCCUAGGACCUGUUCUGUUUGCGAUCUUUAUAAACGAUCUUCCAAAUGUACUACCAGACGAGACCUCGGCAGCAUUGUAUGCAGAUGAUACCAAAGUGUACAAAUCAAUUAAAUCGGAAGAUGACUGUCAAAUUCUGCAACACGCCUUGACCAGCCUUGAAUGUUGGAGUCAUGAUAACAACCUUGAUUUCAACCAGUCGAAAUGUAAGGUGCUGACCAUCACACGAAAAACGACUCCCCUCGUGCAUGUCUACCACAUGAAUUCAAAGGAACUCUUGCGUGUGGAUAAAGAGAAAGGCCUUGGUGUUUGCGUCAGUACCAACUUCAGUUGGGAUGUUCACAUCCACACAAUCACGGGUAACGCUAACAAGAUGCUCGGGCUGCUUAAACGAACUUGCCCUCUUUUGAGAGACAAAACAGUACGACGAACGCUGUAUCUCUCGCUUGUUAGAUCUCAGCUAUGUUACGCUAGUGAAGUCUGGUUUCCACACACUGUCAAACUCAAGUCUAGAGUUGAAAGCAUCCAAAGUAGAGCCACCGUGUGGAUACUACAAUCCAAGCAUGGCGAAAUGACAUAUCAACAACGGCUAAUGAAUCUCAACCCACUCCCUCUCUGCUAUGAAAGAGAGAUUUCUGAUCUGGUAUUCUUCUUCAAGGCUCUCUUUGGCAACACAGAUUUGGACGUCAACACCUUUGUCUCCUUUUCCAACAACAAUCGGACCCGACUCUGUCAAAAUCCCUCCCUCGCCCUUAAAGUCCCUCUCUGUAAAUCCAACACAUUCAAAGCAUCCUAUUUCAACCGACUAGUUAAAGUAUGGAACUAUACCUGUAAAUUCUACCUCCUACCACCUUCGCCAUCCUCUCCUCGUUUAAAAGAAACAUUAGAAGCAAAUAUAAACACUUGCUCGGAACAAUGUUCGACAUAGAAAUGCCAUGUACAUGGUCACUAGUGCGUGACUGUCCAUGUCAUAGAAUUUAGUAAAUAACUGUGUUUCAUGUGUUUGCUGUUUUGUAUUGUAUUUUGUUCUAUUUUAUUGUUUUGUAUAGUUUUAGAAUGGUAAGCACAUUGCAUGGGACUUUAUGUCUCGUUCGUGCUUGAUUUUGUCCAUUUGGGUAUUCUACUUAUUUCUAUAUAGAACUGUUGUGUUUAAAACGAUGUAGAAUUCUCAAUAAAAUUGUUAAGUGGUAAUGGUAAUGGAUUAUUAACACAUUCAGUAGUAGUUACGCUAAUUUACAAUGUGUUUACAAAUUUGGGUAUAAAAAGGUAUAUAUUCUAUAUAUUUACAUGUCAUUCAUUAAAAUCAAAGUUUUACUAAUCUAUAUCUAUUUACAAUAUGUAUAAAAACUACUAAUGCAUACCUAUUUGUAAAUUAACUGAUAAAAUUUUAAAAAUGAUGAUCCUAAUCAACUAAUCUAGAAUUAUAUAAGUAUAUACAGUAAACUAAAGGACUGUGUUUAAAACGUUCAGUUUUAGAGGGGAAAUUAUAUAAUUUCUGACCGUUAGUUCUUGUUUCUUUUUGCCUAAUGUAUUUUAGUUUCUUUGGUAAGAGGCUGUGAAGUUUAUGGUUUGGUUCCAGAAUAUUUUUAAUUAGAGAUACACAUAAUUCGUCCCUGCGUUCUUCCAAAGUUUGUAAUUUGUGUCUCAGUUAUUGCUUGGUCGUAGUCUAGGUUUGGGUAAAUUAUUCUAAGUACUCGUUUUUGAAUUCGUUCAAUGCUCUUUUUCUGCUCUUGGGUUAGACCUCCGUUCCAAAUCUCUGCACCAUAUUCUAAAAUAGGACGAAUUACCGAACAGUAAAAUGCUAACAAAUCAUCCAUGGGGGCACCAUAACUCUUCAAGAUCUUUAAUAAAUACAGACGCUUGGCCGCUUUCUUUGUAAUAUAUUCCGUAUUAGUUUUCCAUUUAAGAUCGCAAUCUAACCAUAUUCCCAGUAACUUAUAUGACUUCGUUCGAGAAAUAUUAUGACCACCAACAUAAAUUGGGGGUAUAGGGUUAUAUUUUUCCUAAAGUCAAUAAUCAUCUCCAUACACUUUUUAUAGUUUAGUUCCAUUCCUUCGUCCUUUGCAAACUGUACCACCUUGUCUACGUUCAUUUGAGUAUUACCGAUUGGGAUGCCACCUAAAUGGUCACUGACAUUGAUUACUUCCGAUAAUGUUGUGUCAUCCAUAAACAUCGCUACGUCCUGGUCUUCUACGGCAUUACAUAUUUGAUCUUGGUUAUUGGGUAUAAUAGACGUUGGUAAUUGGUUUAGUUUUAUUAUAAACGCAAUAUAGGACCCAACUUACUCCAUUGUGGAACGCCUCCAUUCAUUCUUUUACAAUCAGACUGUUCUCCAUGGAAAGACGUUACUUGUGAUCUGUUAUAAAGAUAUGUAACAAUGAUAUGUAACAUAUGCCAUUUAUGCAACAAAUAAAUCAAUAAACGCAUGUAUUGUAGAUGUUCCAGGCAGACCGCCAAAUUGACUGCUACUGAUUUUAUCAUAAACAUCCUCAUAAAUCCAAUCAUUAACGUAUGAUUCUUGUACCUUUGAUAAUGUACUCGUUAAUGAAAUGGGUCUUAAAAGGUCUACCCUAGAGCAGGGUUUACUUUUAGGAAUCCCACACCCCCUCGAAAUUUUCCAAAUAUCUGUGAAUACUCUGCAAGUAAAUGAUUCGUUAAAGAUGUAACAUAACGGCUCGGCGAAGUAGUUUGUGAAUGUUUUUAUUAUCUUUACAUUUUGGUCGAACGGACCGCUUGCUUUAUUCGGGUUAGGUUUACUUAACUUAUUUGCUACACUAUCUGCGGUGAUGCUCAGUAGUUGUUCUUCCAUUCCAACAUUAAACCAGCUAUCAUGUACUUCCGAGUAAUUACUAGUAAGACUAGUAAAAUAUUCGUUCAUCAGAUUAGCUGUGUCUUUUGAAUUUAGUGGGGUAUCAGACUGUGGGCUAUUUAGAAUAAAUUCCUGUUUACUCUGUCCAGUAAUGUUUUUUAUAUUUUUCCACCACUGCUUUGAAUUGGAACAACGAGCAGGUUUGAUUUUUUCACUGUAAUAUUUCUGCUUCUCUUUCCGAAUUUCUGAGGUAAUUUUAUUACGAAGCGAUCUGUAUUCUUCCAUUCUCCCAAGUUGGUACAUUUUAUUUCUGUUAGAUAUCAUUUGUUCAAUCCUCCCAGUCAUAAAGGUUUGUCAUCUUUAUGGACCUUGACAAUUUUUGUUGGAAAACAGUUAUCAAUCAUUGCAUUAGUAAUCGAUAAAAAGGCGUUCACUUUGGUGUUAAUACACGAGGCCUCGUAAACCGCUGACCACGUCUCUAGACCGAUACAGUCUUCAAACAAGCGCAACAUCGUUUCUUUAAUGGGUCUCACUGAAAUCUUUUUUUAUCUCAUUUUUACCUUGAGCUUGUUAUUUCGAUUUCCAUAUAAUAGCGCUGUGGUCUGAACAGCCAAUCGGUGCCAGAGAUACUGGUGUUUCAUAAAACGAAUGUGCAUUGGUCAGGAUUAAUUCUCAAAUUCAUUAAUAAUUCAUGGUAAAUUAGCCAAUGAUAAUCACCUAUUUGAUCACAAGAUGCCAUUUGGAUACUUGAUGAAAGUCACUAGUGUUUUCAUCAAAUAUCUUAAUUACGCAUGCAAAAUUACUUGAGUAGAAUUCCUAAUUACGUUAUGCUUGGUUAAGAAUUCUAUUCAAAUCAGCAAACGAAAACAUUCGGUUACGUCUCGAUUCAUUUGAGAAGCCAUAUAAACAACUCGAGCUCGUGUCUCACCGGGAUAUCCAAACACUCGAAAACAAUGUAUGAAAACACUUGCGCUUCGAGCUCGUGUUUUCAUACAUUGUUUUCUCGUGUUUGGAUAUCCCGGUGAAACACUCACUCUCGUUGUUCAUAUAUUACGUCUAGAAUUGCGUUACCUCUGGUUGGUGUUCUGAUUACUUGUUUUAACUUACAGUGAUUUUUAAGGACUCUUUCCUGAAAUCCAUUACUUAAGGGAUUAAAAUCCCCAGUGAUAAUAAUUGAUGUAUUUGGACUCUCGCUAAUAAGAGAAUCAUAACAAUAGCAACAAUAUUCAUAAAAACUUUCAACUGCUUCGGUAUUCAUCGACGGUGGCAAGUAUACACACGUAAGUGCAAGUUUUGAAAUUUUUCGUGGAAGCCAUUUUGGUCGGAGAGUAAUUCACAGACAUUCAUAAAUUAAAAAAAGUUUUACGCGAAAGACGACCAAUAGCCUCCUAUCAUAUCUACGUAUUGAAUAUUGAUUAAAAAUUCCAUUGCUAAAAAUUCGAACGGGUCAAAGCAUAUUCAUUUCACAGAUCUAAGUCUGGUAUACUUUAAUUUAGGGUUUUAUAUUUAGUUGCGGUAGUAAUCAUGUUUAGAAAAUCCUCCGCCGUCCGUCGUCCGCCGUCUGCCUUUUAUCCAUCCGCUUUUUAUCUACACCCUAGUUGUUACAUGUGUUGGAGACUGUUAUUGUUGUUGUUAUAGACACAGAAUUUUCCAGAACAUUCUAUAAAUAUUCAAUAUAAAUAUAAUAUCUCAGUCAAACAAUGACAACAAUCAACAGGGCCCCCCACACCAAAUAUGCCACCUCUUCCUCCGUUAAGUCACUGACUGGGAUUCGCUUAAUUUUGGAUUGGAUCGGAAUAUGGGAUUUGGGAUACUGAGAGUGGGCAUGAUAUAUACAAAAAUGGAAAUAAAAAACCAUGUAGCUAUAUACUAUUUUAAAGACAUGUGUACACUUGUAGUUUUACAUUUCAGUGUUUAAGUAACUUCAAGGAAAGCUACGGAACAACUUUUGAUUGAGAGUUUUGUAUAAACAUGUCCUAGAAGACUGGAUCCCCACUUAGCUCAAUCUCGUUCCCCGAGCCUGCGAUCCUCGGGAAGGAACGUGAGGCUCUGGGAAAAUCCUUCCAGGGAGGAAUCUGAUUGGCCGUUGAUAUGAAUGCGUUGAGUUCGGUCUUAGCCAGGAUUCCUGGCUUCCGGGAACGCAUUAUCCCAGAGUCUCACGUUCCUGCCCUAGGAUCGCAGGCUCAGGGAACGAGAUUGCAUGUGAGCUGAGAAUUAAUUAGCCUCCCCAAAAUGAAACCUGUUCUGCCGCCACCGCUGACUCAUGAUUAUGAAUCCUGAUCACGUAUUCUCAAUUUUCUUUUUUCAGGUGAAUGCUGGAGUGGACCAUCACCGGCAGCGAAUACUGAAUUUGAGAAACAUGGCUCUGGGGAAGCAUGCUAUGGACCUGGGUAUAAAAAAUGUACUAGCAAUUCUAAAAAUUGUGUUGGAGAUAACCAUCAUAACUUCGUCUAUGAAAUACGUAAGUGGAUAAAAUUUUGUGUAUUAUUUAAAACAUGUGCAUCAGUGUUUUAUCAGAUAUAUCUUUAGGUCUGAUAAAACACGCACUGCCAAGUGCGAAUGUUUUGAAUUGCUUCAAAAACCAUGGAUCUAGUAAGUUUAUUGGCAAAGUACAAGGCCGAAAGUUCGGUAUUACGGCUGGGGUGGGGGGGGGGGGUGAGCUUGUUUUGCCCGACCAAUAGGGAGUGCCCGACGUACGGACAUUCCGGACAAUAACCUUCCCUCCGUCGACAACUUUUUAGGGAAAAUUUUUUUCCGGUUGAAUACGUUUAAUUGCUUUUGUUGCAUGUUUUCCAAAUUUUUCCAUACAAAUUUUUGGUAAUUUGCCCAAAAGACAAAAAUUUUUCAGUAAUAUUUUCGUUAAUUUAUCAAAAUUGUUUCUACAACUAUUUCUUUUUGAUAAAUUAUGUAAAAUUUUUUGCGCGAUUACAUAUUUUUUCCCCGAGUAGAGUGUCGUUGAAAUUGUUAAACUUGCCCGACGAAACUACAAUAUUACAACCCCCCAACACCCCCCCCCCUCCAUACACCUAAUUUCGGCCCUGGCGAAGUAAUUUUCAAAAAAUACGUUGUGUUAGUCGAGACAAUCAAAGUUAAAGUUUAUGUAGUAAAUUCUAUCACAUGCACAUAAAGUUACGACACGCUUAUGAUUUCUUUUUGUGUUUUUCUCUUGAAUUAACAAGGUUUUGAAACACUUAUAUAUAAUGAGAAAUACAGGGUGUAUCAAAAAAAGCGCAACCUCGGAAUUUCCCAAGAAAUCCACAUUGUUUUAAAGACAAAAGAUUUUAGGCGCCUGGGGAUUUAAAAUAGCACAACUGUCAAAAUUACUGCACACGCGAGUGCAUAAAGCAAAAUUUAUGCAUUUAUUUAAUGCACAACAACAGUAAUAUGAUCUAUUAACAAUCCGAUUUCAAUUCCCAGGGGCCUAAAAUAUUUUAUGCUUAAGAAUUGCAAAGUGAUUUCUUAGGAAAUUCCGAGGUUGCGUUUUUUUUAUACACCCUGUAUACCAGCAAACUGAAUUGUAUAUAACAAAUAACAAUUUUGCCACAAUACGCAUGAAAUACGAUUUAAAACGAACGUAUAACUAUACCUCGAGCGAAAAUAUGAAUAAACUUUGACUUUACGACCGAAAUCUCUUCAUCUGUAAAUUUGGCUACUAACUUCUGGUCGAAAUCGUAUUUUCAGGUAGUUAUAUCACACACAGGAUAAGCAUUAAAUAUAUGAAUGUCAAAGUAUUGAAAGGUUCAAAUUAUUGUGUUUCACGUAUAUAGCCAUUAAAUAAUUUUGCACUGGCAUAUUAAGGGAUGACAUAGGGGGUAUUUAAGGAUUAUAUAUUCUAAUUUGAUUAAAGAGAUAAGGCAAUAGAAAGACACAAAAACCUAGCAAGCUAUGUUUGGCAUAUUUAUUACUAUCCAGAGGGUGGGUAAGGGGGGAGGGGGGGUUUGGAUCACGUUUCACAACGAAAAAAAAGCCGUUUCACGAUUCACGUGUCUUAAAAAAGCAAUUUCACGGAAAACUAGAUUCUAAUAAAAUAAUAUAAUAAUAAUAGGUUUAUUUAGAGUAUGUUUAAUGCAUGGUACAGUUUCUACGCUUUACGUUCUGUCACUUCUCUAUCUAUCAGUUAAUAACUACACCAUAACUUAGAAUUUUGAGUGACGAGUAUGUUCGACGACCUCCGACUAGCCUCCGAAGUUUUUACUCUUGUGCAAUCGAGUGAGAUCAUAUAAAUUGAUCAUCGCGUAUCAUGUCUAUUAUGACUAUUAUAAAAUAGAUCAACAAAGCAAAAUCACAGUUCACGAAACAGACAUCCUUCUUAUUUCACGGAGCAUUUUUAUCGACAAUCACGCCUCACGACUGUUGAACAAAUCACAUUUCACGAUACUAAAAUCAAGCAUUUCACAUUUCACGCGAACAAAUAUAUAUUGACCAUUCACGGCUCACGAAAAUACCCUUUCCCACCCUCUUCUAUACAUGCAGUUUUGUACUACGUAAGUAACGUGGAACUCUUCAGAUAAAAUUUAUGAUUAUAAAUAAUGAUUUUAUUUUUUAUUUUUUUUAUUACUAUACAUUUUCGUACCACGUAAAUAACGUGGCACUCUUCAGAUAAAAUUUAUGAUUUUUAUUAAUGAUUUUAUCUGAAGAGUGCCACGUUAUUUACGUGGUACGAAACUGUAUAGUAAUAAACUAAACAAAGUUUGCUAAGCUUUUGUGUCUUUCUAUUAUGCUCUGGUUAUACAUUGAGCACUCUAUCAUUGGUUUUAUAACACAACACAAACUAUUUUGUAUAUAUGAGAGAAAUAACGUCAAUACAGAUUGCACUCAAUUAUAAAUAUUCGCUGCGUUUCAGAAAUUUGUCCAGUGAAAUUUGAGCGUCUGGGUUGCUAUAAAGACAGACACCACCCAUUGAUGCGCCCAUUGAAUGAAUACAUUCUGACAGAUCGAGAUAGGAGACAUCCUGCAUUCAGUGGUAGAGUUAUUGACUGGCAAAACUUUGAUACCUACUUGCCCGACCUCGCAUGCCGGUGUGCAAUGAAGACUGUCGAGAAAGGAUGGAAUACUUUUGGUGUCCAGUAUUAUGGUAAGAACAUGAACCAUGCUCGGUGAAAGAAACAUGGUAAUGAGCGAUUAGUGGCGAAAAAAAUUUACAUCAGGGGUUCUGCUACGCCCGAAUCAAGCAAAAAUAGGAUCGUCUUAGACGAAGUGAGAAGAGUUGUUGAACAAUAUUCCCCGAGCCAACGGCGCGGAGCGUCGUUCCGGGCGUAAGCCCGGGGCGAGGGUCCUAAUUCCGCCCGGCUAUUUACACCCGGGGGAACGAAAGCAUUAGCGAUCAUGAGGUUGAAUUUUACCUAAAAUUGAAACUUAUAUUACGUAUAAUAACAUAUACUUAACAUAUAUAUGUUUGGGGAAUUGAAAUUAAUUUAAAAGUGAUAUUUUUAGGGGAUUUUUCAUUUGUAAAAAUAUUCUUAACAAAAUUAUCGUGUUACCAUGACAACUACUUUAAAUACUCCAUGUUCGAAAAAUACAAUGGUUUUGUCAGCAAGGCGAGGGGUUUCUGGACGCAUGUAUUUUCUAGUAAUAGCUUUUCUUGUCGUUAGUGGUUUGGACAGUUAUUUCCGUCUAAAGGUUAUCGCGUUUGUAUGUGGAUAGGUCUGUCUGUACGUCUGUUUAUUUGUCUGUGUUUAUAAAGUUUGGAUGAAAAUUGGAUGAAGAAUGUUGGCCGAAGGUAUAUGCGGCUCCGAGUGCCUUCUAGUUAUUUAAUUAGGUUGCAGUCACACUAGUGCUUGAAGAUUACCACCGGAUUAGCGUGCAUGCUUGCUUGAACACAUGCAUAUCCAAGCUCAUGCUAGAAUGUAAGCCAAGCACGUCGUGGUCACACUCAAGAAACCAACGUUUGCCAUGCUUGCUCUCGUUGACAGCUAGUUAGAUAAAAAUUAAACUUGAAGUUAUCUAAUAAUCUAAAGUCUAUUAUAUUAAAGUCAACGAAUAUAUUAUUCUUGUGAUUUCGUAACUGUAAGUUUAGAAAAUUUUUAGGCAAUAUAGAAGCUAUAUAGAGAAUGUGUCUUUGUCUUUAGUUCAGGCGUAAAUCAAUCGAUUGAUCGUUAUUCGUGCAUAAUCAUAUUAUAUGUACUAAAUUGGGAAUAGGGAUGUUAACUUCGAAAUUUUGAAUUUGGUUUUGCGUCAGGUUUCCAUAUAGGCUACAGAAAUGCCGUUUAUUCAUCAGUCGACUUUUCACUGCUUAGCGCGUUGUUGUAGCGCGCUGGAAGGUGAUGUGUUGAGCGAUUCAAGUAUUUAGAUCAAGCAUGCGAGCACAACUUUAGCGCAAAAAUUAUAGUCACUAAGUUUGUUGGAUAGUUAGUUUAUCUGCAGUGAUUGAUGGAUAGUUAUAGGUUACCUACAGACUACAGAGUUUGUUGAAUAGUUAGUUUAUCUACAGGAAAUGAUUAUCAACAGGUAUUUAGUUAGUUAGUGUGUGCUAGUUAGUCUGUCAAUAAUAUAGUUAGUUAUAAAUGAAAUUACAUUCUAAAUAUAACUCAAUUCCAGGAGAAUGUUGGUCAGGAAAGGAAGGCGAUGUGACUUAUUAUAGGGAUGGAAAAACCUCAACAUGCGUGAACAAAUGUUAUGAACAAUGCCAUAAUUAUGAUCCAUUUUGUACUGGAAUGGGAUUUACAAAUUUUGUUUAUCGUAUUACUACAACAG